CUGUAAAACAUUUUUUGCCCAUCGUCCCGACUCACUCACACCCGUUGGACGGGCGCGUCGUUUUCCGGUUUUUGGUUUGAAUUCAUGUUUCUUCUUUUUCUUUUUGCAGGUUAACCCUAGCUCCUAUUGACUGUCCGGAUUUCGGUGUUUCCCAACGACGGGCCCCCGUUUGGGUCGGGCGUAUCUGGAGGUCGUCCAUAGUACCUUCAGCGGCUGUCGUUCCUCCCGCGCAUGCGUCUUUGGCUUCAGCCGGGACGUCUCCCGACGCCCUCAGACGACAAGGCAAGCGAUCGAUUGCCACGCCGAGCUACCGAGAUCCAUCCGUCAAUGAAACAACACGGGGUGGGACUGCUGAUGGGGUCGCCAUCACAGGAGGAGGUGCUUCCCGAAGAGGUUCCCGACGAUCCGGGCCGAAGGCUUAUAAAUUAAAAAACGCUUUGGGGGAAGAGGGGGGACUCGGGACGGAUGUAAACGUCAUAUUCUCUCCUGACGUCGGAUUGUCAAGUUAACAAACACACCGGCGAAACCCUCUCAUGAGUUGCAACGCACAACAAGAACAAAACAACAGCUGGAAAAAGCAGAGAAUGGAUCGCUUCGCCGCCACGGAGGGCAUCGAGCCGCACGAUAGCUACUCCCGGACGGAGCCGUUCGCGGCCGGCGAGACGGCCAUCGGGCGGGACCUGCGGCUGCGGAUACGGGACUUUUAUCGGACCAGCGACAACCGCGACCUCGACGAGCGCUGGCUGGGCUUCUACACGCCCGGCGCGAGGGUCAAGAUCGGGCCGCAGGCGGCCGAGGAGCACGAGGACAUCCGGCGGCUGCGGACGGCGAUGUGGAGCACCGUCUCGGCGAGGAAGCACUGGAUCACGAGGGCCAUCGGGUCAGCUACCGAUAAGGGGGUGCACGUCAUGCUGAAGGGGGGAGUACGGCGCAAGGGGCUGGACGGGGACGAGGGCGUCUUCAGCUGGGCCGGCAGCGCGGAGUGGGUGAGGCAGGACGACGGGGAGUGGCGGAUGGAUGCAUACCGAGUCUGGCUCGACCCGUGGACCGCGAUCGAGGGCGAGCUGCCUACCGUGUCGCAGUUUUGAGGUGCAUGCAAGCAAGCAAGCAAGCAAGCAAGGCGACGCAACGCGAUGCGACGGCCCUGGCAGACGUAGGGAGACAAGGGCUGUGGGAGGGUUGAAUGAAGGACGGGAACUGGCGGGAAGAUGGAGGAGUAGAAGCCUCCCACCAGGAACACAAUGCUGGGUUGCUUCUGCCUCGUUGGCGCAAUGCGUGUGUCCUGCAGCCGUCGUGUUUCACGGUUCACGGUUUACCGAUGGCAUAUCCUCAUCCCCCCCCCCCAUCUUUAGUAACCGACAAAUCGGUUCGAUGACAUCGAUGACGGCAGAUUCAUCCGGUGAUGGUUGAUGGAUCCGACCGACCUCAGACCGCGCUCCCCCAUGCGCUUUGCAGAGUACCACGCACCACGUACCUACACAGUAGUGCACCCAUUUCGCGCUUCAUCGGCGUUCCGGCCGCGGCUGACCCCGUGCCUUGCAUCGUCGCAUCAUCGCAUCGUUCUGUGGCUUCGACCCGUCUCGCUUCGCCUCAUCGCAUUUGGGGGGUGAUUACGGUCUGGUUGUCUUAGGUAAUCCAAGCUGGGGCCGAAGAUAGCCAGCAGGUUGCAACCUUUGCAGCCCGCCUUCCCCAACAGAUGACUUCAUGGCCGGCAUCUCAAUUCUUGAAACGGGCGAGGGUUGAGGUUCGCAGCUCAACCAGACGUGGCAGCGCAUUCCGUGAGGGUGCGGACGUGGUGGUGUGUGUGAGGAAAGCUGGCCGGGAGAGCCCUCCCACAUAGACAUACGUCAGCGUUGGUGUGUUGUUCUCGUGGGCCAGAGGAGCGCUGUGAAUGGCCUGUUCACCUGACGUGGUGCCCCCCGUCCCGUCCUCCACCGUGGUGGUCAGGUGCCUUUGUCAGCUGGCCGGCGUGGCCCAGCGUUGCCGGGUGUGUGGUAAUUAUUGAGGAAGCGGUGCGAUAGGACAGGGUGGACGACGGAUGACCGAUGACGGGGAGGGGUGGUACCGUAGAGAGACGGACUCAGCAGGCAAUGUGCCAGCGGACGGCGGGAAAUGAACAGGACACCGUUUUGCUAGUUCUGCGAUCCGUCCGGCAUUGCUCUUCUUGGUCCGUCCAGUUGAGUGAGCAUUGGCUGAGAAACU